CCGGUAGGGCUACUUCCCGCUACGUAACUUCUGCAUGCAUUACUUCCAGCAACCGUCGCACUCUGCUGUAGCACUGAACAGCACGACCACUGUAGCUGUAUCCAUUUAUCCGUCCCACACAUACUGCCACCGAACUUACGAUGGCUGAGCCGAAUGCUGCCCCGCACAACGAGCUCAACCCCGCCACGACAGGCAGCACCGCGACACACGACGGAGACAAGGACGAGCACAACAGACCACGAGACAGCAAGGGCUGGGAUGGCAAACUGAGGGUGGAAAAGAAUGUUGUGGUCAAGUACCCGACAGAGCCAAACGCAGCACCGCAGAGCGAUGCAGAAGAGUCGGAAGAUGAAGGGCCGCCACCAGACGAGAUUCAGGCAGACGAGGACCUCCUUGAUGGUGUAUCUGACAACGAAGAUGAGAUUGAGCUAGUGCACUGCAAGAUCGGAGACAUGUCGAAACUGAGACUAGAGCGGUUCAAGCAGAUGAAGCGUCUUUGCUUGCGGCAAAACCGCAUACAAAUAAUCUACAUUCCGACCGACGCUUCCGCAACCUUAACUGAGAUCGACUUGUACGACAAUCUCAUUUCACACGUCAAAGGCUUCGACGCAUUCACCGAACUCACUUCGCUCGAUCUCUCCUUCAACAAGAUCAAACACAUCAAGCGCCUAAACCACCUGAACAAGCUGAAAGACCUAUACUUUGUGCAGAAUAAGAUCAGUACUAUCGAGAACCUGGAUGGGUUGACCAAUCUGCGGCAAAUCGAGCUUGGGGCAAACAGAGUACGCGAGAUCCAGAACCUGGAGACACUCACAGGUCUGGAGGAGCUGUGGUUGGGUAAGAACAAGAUCACAGAGAUCAAGGGACUCGAUACCCUCACAAAUCUCAAGAUCCUAUCCAUCCAAUCGAACCGUCUACGAUCCAUAUCCGGGCUCGACAAACUCGUCAAUCUCGAAGAACUACACAUUUCGCACAAUAUGCUUACCUCGUUGGAAGGUUUGGAGCACAAUACCAAUCUACAGGUCAUCGACAUCAGCUCGAAUCCUAUCGAGCACCUCUCGGGUCUAGAGAACCUUACCCAUCUGACAGAGUUCUGGGCAUCCUACUGCAGAAUCAGCAGCUUUGCCGAAGUUGAGAAGGAGCUCAAAGACAAGGAAGAGCUAGAGACAGUGUACUUUGAAGGUAACCCUCUACAGCUCGCACAGCCAGCACUGUAUCGUAACAAAGUGCGUCUGGCACUCCCAAACAUCAAGCAGAUUGAUGCUACCUACGUGAAGCAGGUGUAGUAUACCGGGUGCCGAUGGAGGGGUUCCUUCCGGCGUUCAGGACGGAAACACGGGUAUGAUGGGAUACACCUCGAAUUUUCUGACGAUUCUGUAUUUGCAUGGCGCAGGAAUCAGCAUAUGCAUAUGCAUGGCCAGGCGUUGGAAUGGCCCAUAUUACUAGCAUAUAGACUACCAGAACGAAGACUUGCAAUCGCGU